UUUUUGAAUGUAUUUAAGAUUUCUGUAAUUCAUUGUCAUGAAUCAAUCAAUUGUAUUUGUUUGAUUAUUUGAUCAUCAAACUUUCAAUUAUGUUUGUUUGAUCAUUUAAUCUAAAAGUUCUUGUAAUCUCUUGAUUCAAUAGAACGAUUUAUCCGAUUUCAUUUUGUAUAUCUUCCAAUGGGUAAUGCAGUUACAUUAUCAGUUGGGCACCGGAGGGUGAAGGUCAUGAAGCUUGAUGGGGAAGUUCUGAAAUUCAAGCCUCCUGUAAGUGUAGAACAAGUUCUGGAAAACUACCCAAAUCAUGUUAUAUUGCAUUCUGAUGCAGUUCGCCAUAUGGGUGUAAGGGCCAUUCCUUUAGAGGAAUCAGUGCAACUCAGGCCAAAACAGCUUUAUUUUCUUGUGGAGAUGCCCAAGUUAACAGAUCUCAGAGCGCCCACCCGGGUUCGAUCCUCGAUCAAUAUGAGCGCCAAAUCAAGGUUGGAGACCAUGCUUUUGAAGCGCCGAUCCAAUUCUGACAUUGGUGCUCUCACUUGUUCUCCUGCUGUUUGUUCUUCGUCUGUUAAUGGAGAAAAUGGGGGGCCUGUUCGGCUUCAAGUUCGUCUGAGCAAAGCUCAGUUUGAGCAAUUGGAGUCCCAAAGCAAGAAUAGUUGUGAGACUGCAGAGAAGGUUCUGGAUUUGUAUCUUACUGAUGCAGAGGCCCAACAGAUUAAUGGAUCCACAAGUUCUGUUAGAAUGUACCCUAAAGCUGAGGAAAGUCGAGUUAAGAUCAGAAGUAAUUUUCAAAGCACUGAAGUUUUCUGAAAGAUUUGGACAUUAUGAUUUAUCUUUGAGAGCUUGCACUGCCAACAUUUUCCUAAAAUUUGGUGGAAUUAGGUUGAAGAAAUUAACCUGGAACUGAAAAGAGAGUUUAAUUUUGUAAAAUUGGUUUUGGUGAUGCUGGAUUCAACUAUUUUCAUUCUUCAAAUAAUAAUUUAUAUUUGUAUCACUUAUUUAUAAUGA